GGCAGCGUGGUGGGCAGAAACCUCAACCGCUUCUCCUGCUUCGUCCGCUCCGGGGUGGAAGCCUUCAUCCUGGGCGACGUGCCCCUGAUGUCCAAGAUCGCCGAGACCUACUGCAUCGAGAUGGGCUCCAGAGGCCCGCAGUGGAGGGCCAACCCCCACCCGUUCAUCUGCUCCGUGGAGGACCCCACCAAGCAAACCAAGUUCAAGGGCAUCAAGAGCUACAUCUCCUACAAGCUGACGCCCAGCAACUUCAACUCUCCCGUGUACCGGCGCUACAAGCACUUCGACUGGCUCUACAACCGCCUGCUGCACAAGUUCACGGUGAUCUCGGUGCCGCACCUGCCCGAGAAGCAGGCCACCGGCCGCUUCGAGGAGGACUUCAUCGAGAAGCGCAAGCGGCGGCUGAUCCUCUGGAUGGAGCACAUGACCAGCCACCCCGUCCUCUCCCAGUACGAGGGCUUCCAGCACUUCCUCUGCUGCCGCGAUGAGAAGCAGUGGAAGCUGGGCAAACGCCGGGCGGAGAAGGACGAGAUGGUGGGCGCCAGCUUCCUCCUCACCAUCCAGAUUCCCACCGAGCACCAGGACCUGCAGGAUGUGGAGGACCGCGUGGACGCCUUCAAGGCCUUCAGCAAGAAGAUGGAUGACAGCGUCCUGCAGCUGACCAACGUGGCGUCGGAGCUGGUGCGCAAGCACGUGGGGGGCUUCCGGAAGGAGUUCCAGAAGCUGGGAAAUGCCUUCCAGGCCAUCAGCCACUCCUUCCACAUGGACCCUCCCUACAGCUUGGAUGCCCUCAACAAUGCCAUCUCCCACACGGGCAAGACAUACGAGACUGUGGGGGAGAUGUUUGCUGAGCAGCCCAAGAACGACCUGUUCCUCAUGCUGGACACUCUCUCCUUGUACCAAGGGCUCCUCUCCAACUUCCCGGACAUCAUCCACCUGCAGAAAGGUAAGGGGGCAUUCUUCUCCCCAGGAAUGGCCCCUUGUGAGUGGGAAUGGUGCUGCAAGUGGGAUGGGGAUGCAAUGAGGAAAUCCUUUGUUGGGCCUGUCUUCUACCAGCGCGUCAGCCAGCAGCUGGAGAAGACGCUGCGCAUGUACGACAACCUCUAACCCCAAUCCCGCCCUGCCUGCAGCCCCCGGGGCUCCUCACACGGGCUGGAACUCACCACGCUAGUGACCAAAUGACUCUGGGCUGCUCCCCCUUCCCGCGCUGGCAGGGAAGGGCUCGCCCGCGGGCUGGCCGUGCCACCUCUUCCUUUCUUUCCAUGGGGACCUCCCACCCUGCCACGGGUCUGGCAGGAGCAUGAGGGGAUCACUAGAGGGACAGGUGGGGAGGUAACGGUGCUGGGGUGUGUGCCCAGUGAUUUUUAGCUUUCUGAAACCCACUCUCCUGGAGCAGGGGUGGGUGCAUCCCAGCCCGCUGGGAGGAGAAAUCCAAGCGGUCGACAUUUUGCACACUAAAAGCUUUUCUGAUGGAAAAAAAAAAAGAGAGGAUAAGAGAUCUUUAUUUGGAAGAGAUUUUUUUUUGUUUGUUUGUCACAAGAUGUUUUCAAUAUUUUCCAUUUUUCUGCAGCAUUUUUACUGAUCAGUUUUUAACUAGAUGCACAGAGGCAAAGAGAAAUCUCUUUCUCAAGUAUGGCUGCUGACUGGGAAAAGGGAUAAAAAAGGAAAAAAAGGGAAAAAAAUAGCCCCACAGCCUUUUCAAUAAAAUCAUUGGUAGAAAAAACA